ACUAGGAGUUUUAAGUGGGAAAAAAAUCUCUUGAAAAUACUGCGUGAAGUAAAGACGAUAUCAAAGUCGUUGCUGAAUGCUCAUGUUUUCUGGGUCAUUCUGCAUAAUGAGAUUACAAGAUAUAUGUUACAUGUUACAUAAAAGAUCCCUGGAUUAGGAAUGAGGUAGAAGAAGUGACCGACCUUGACAAUGUACUGGCUGUUUUUGUCCUGAUUAUGAUACUCCUAACCAACCUGCCAAUGCUAACCUCAACCUGGAAGAACAGGGUUACCAUCUUAGACAGUCUUCUCACACUAGAGUGCUUUAACAGUUUCUGUCAUUGCUACUUGAUAAUAAACACAAUUCAUCUCCACCUCUCUUAUGAACCCUACUACUGCUACUUCCAAAUACUUGUGACUGAAAUAGUGGGAAACAUGGACAGGAUAAUUCCGUUCUCUGUUGCCUUCUACAGAUUUUGCCUGGUCACCCUGUCUACUAGUUUCUACAGGGCAGAGGAUAGGUACUGGCUGGGAAACUGUCUUUGGAUUCUCAUUGUAUGCACCUCUACACUUAGCACUGUUACAGGAUAUUUUAUGAUGGAAAAUAACAGGAUUUAUUUUGAGUGUGUUGGAAAACUUGAGGACUUCUAUUUUAUCAAAAAUGGCUACCUAACUGACUCCAAGAUCUACAACAAGACUAGUGGUCUAAACUACUUGAUGACUGGUGUAGUUGUGGCAACUGUUAUCAGUGUUCCUGUAUUCUAUAUAACCAUCAUGGUUUACAGGUUUAAUAAGGACAGGUAAACAACUUCUGUUAAACGUUAAUGUUUAUUCUGAAACAAGGAAGAAAUUAUCAUAAAGUAAUUAAAAAUAACAGAUAGAACACUAGAUGUCGUCUUUUAAAGAUUUAGGGGUUUAUCGUUCACAAUAACCCUGAGGCAUAGGCCCAAAAAGGU